CAUUCCUGAAGAUCAAACGACCAGCUGGCAAGUGGGGUAUGAAAAUUACUUGACGCGCCGCGCGUGGUGAGAGAGAGAUGUACUAUUUAUCGCUCUGCCAUGUCAAAAAGGUUAACGAAGAUUAACUCUUUUUUCGUCCGUGGCAGGAGAAGCAGAGGUAUGUUAUUGAUUGCUUGCUUCACGGCCCUUGGAGAUGGCCAUUGUCGAAAAGACCUAGUAUUUGAAGCUUUCUGUAUUUGAGGAAUGAAUGGAUUUGAGCGUGUCAUUAUCGAUAGGUGAAUCUGGUCAGUCCAUCCAUGUACUUUCCUUUCAUUCACCACCGAUAGUUCUGAAAACGGCGCGUACCGUACAUCAGCCCCUGACUCCGGCCCAGACUUUGAGGUCGUGUGCACAUCUGUAUAAUUAUAGCUGCGUACAGAGGAGGGGAUGAAGAAAUUGCAGCGAGUAAGGACAGAAGUUCACACCUCACAUCUUAGAAUCGGUGUUUCAGGUCAUGCAGCAGCGACAGAGACAUGGGUCAGUAAGCGCCGUGGGGGGGCAAAUGGAACAUUAUAUGAAGAACCUAAUCAAAAGCGCUUCGAGCUGAAGAGGAAAAGAUAAUUAUAUCAUGAUCGGUCGAAUCUAGACUAGAUCGACGCCUCUUGUAUGCUGGUUGUUACACCAUGUACGGAGUUUCUAUUGUCUAUCUAGUGGCCAACCGACAAUCAAUAGACGGGCUGCCGUAGCGCCGGCUUCAAGGGGGGUUGCAGGUGGUGAAACAUGGGGUGGGGAUACGUGGUCGUGAUAGACACGCGCGAAGGAGCGACGGGCGCGCCAUGCGUCGUGGAGGAGACAGUUUGGUUGGUGAAGAGGCACGAAGGGGAAGAAAGG